UUCAGUUGAGCUCACUAAAUUGUUCAUAUAGUAUACAUCUUGGCAAUAACAAUAUGUUUCAAAUCAACAAAAACGCCUUUCGCGGAAUUGAAUCUCAUAUUGACGGAUUAUAUUUAGAUACAAAUAGUCUACACUCGCUACCAGAGGCUGUAGGUUCGAUUUUGAAUCUGAAAUUACUAAGGCUAUCUGGAAACCCAAUUUUGUCAUUGAAUCCGUCAGUCAUGGCUAAAAUUGGACAUUCUUUAACAGAAAUUUUUUUCGGAAUGGCUUCUUUUCAGCAAUGGCCGAGCGAGCUCCGUUUCUUAAAUGAAUUACAACAACUAGGGCUAUCUGAUAUACCCUUUCAGAGUUUGGAUUCAGAUGCAUUUCAUGGACUUACACAUGUGCUUUAUUUGACAAUAGCACGCUCUAAUUUAAAAAAAAUCCCAAAUGCAGUAUGUACUCUUUCUGCUCUUACCUCUUUACAAAUAACUGAGAAUUACUUUUUCAAUGAAAGCAAAUCGGACGUCUUUGAACCAUGCAUUAAUAUAACCGGAACGUCAAAUGUACAAAGUAUUACUUAUACAUACAAUCGAGUUGAUUACUUUCCAAAUAUUUUAACAAUGAUUCCUUAUGUACUCGUCGUAAAUAUGCACAACAACGAUAUGAGGUUUAUGGAUGCAGAUAAGUUUGAAGAAAAUGUGUAUGUUGGUACGCUUACUUUAUUUUGGAACAAGUUUAGAAAAAUUCCCAGAGGCUUGAAUAUUUUUAAAAUGCUUAAUUAUUUGGAUCUUGAUUUUAAUUUGAUAUAUAGCAUUGAGGACAAUGACCUUAUUGGAUUACGCAGUUUAACCAGCAUUCAUCUAGCGUACAAUCCAAUUCAGUUCAUCACGAACAAGGCAUUUCAAAACAACAUGAAACUCACGUUUGUAAACUGGUCACAUACAUUUCUGACCACCAUACCUGCCGCAGUAACCAUGUUACCGGAUCUACAGACUUUAGGUAUUGAAGCCAAUGACAUCGAAUGCACGUGCGACCUGGCCAGUCUGAAGAAUUGGAAUGUGUCUUACAUACAAAUAGACGGACUAUGUUACCUAACGAAUGAACCUAUUGAGAAGUUUAUCAAGACCUAUAUCGACGCGGGUAAGUGCUAGCCCGCGAAAAACGAUGACAGUCCAUAACAGAUUCUAAAGAUAACUUUAGACACACAUCCGCGUGAUUUGCAUUCAACUCUUAAUUUAUUUUAGGUGAUAGCAUGUGUAGCAGCAUUUACAAACGGUUUUGUUAAAAAAAAACUCGAUUCACUUGGUUUAAUAUGGCACUAAUAGCCAUCAUUGUUAUGUUUGCAUGCUUUGGAUAAGUGGCAUGUUAAUCUCUUUGAUUCACAUUCAUUGAAAGAUGGAAUUUUAACUAAAAUGUAAAUAAUUCAUUAAUAUCUAUAAUACUUAAAUUAUUAAAGCAUGUAUAAUGAACCGGGUGUUUGAAUUAUACUUUCCUUGUUUAAGUGUGUUUUCUAAACAAAAUUGCGGUUUUUAAUUUGUGUAUGUGCCACUAAUGAAUGUGCAUUGUGAUAUUUUGAUUUUGCCAUAAUUGUGUGUUGUGACAAAAUUAUUCCAUGCGAAACAGUGAUCUGUGUACAUUUCAUAUUGCUGUAUGUAGGAAGUAUUCAAUAAAAAUUAAU